ACAGAGCAGCAUGGGCCGUGGUUUGAAAGGGCACAGUAACUUGAGGAAGUUGCUGUGACGACUGUGUGGACUAAAUAUCACUCUAGUUUUAGUCAGUCUAUCUCGUGAGCGUUCGUAAUUCGGCAGUAAUGCGUGGCCGUCGCGACCAUACGAGGCAGACUCGCGAGAGCGUCUGCUACGGGCUGUGGAUGACCGUGAGCUCGACUGUGGCCAUCGCAGGAACGCUGUUCAGCGCUCAGCGGGCGUGCCUGGUUCCGAUCUCUCUUGUUCUGGAGCUGGUGGCCGGCGUCUGGCUUCGAUGGACCAGGAGAGCCGAGUCGCCGGCAGGACCGCUGACGGCGACGCACGCCAAGGGUCCCUCUCCGCUGGUGCGUGCCGUGGGCCUGCUGGCUGCAAGCGUGCUCUUCUUCCACGUCCUGGCAGUGCUGUUUGGGGCACCCCUGCUCGAGGAGGUGGAGGAGACGCUCUGCUUUGGGGUGCACAUGACGGUCCUGACGGUGCUACCCCUGGUGCUGUGUGUUGGGCGCACCACCGUGGCGGCACUGCACAAGACGCUGCUCGACCACAGGGGCUGCGAGUCUCGUCUAGAGUCGCUGCAGCGCCUGGGCGCUCUCGGGGCCCUGGCGGGAGCCUGGCUGGGCUGCGUCACCCUCCCGCUGGAUUGGGACCGUCCCUGGCAGCGGUGGCCCAUACCGUGCCUGCUGGGGGCCAGUCUGGCCAGGACAGGGACGCUGAUGGUCGCCUGCUUCCUGGGAAGCUCACGGGCACUGCCCUGAGACGGGGCUCGCCGAGGAUGCUCCUAGUGCCAAGACAGUUCUCGCCAACUCUGCUCCAGUAGCUUCUCUGGCAACUCUGCGAUUCUACAGUGUUGCCAACUGGUAGCCAUUGCAACUCUGUAAUGUCAAAGUGUUUCCAGCUGGUGGCCACCGCACUGUCCUCACCGACUCUACCGCAAUGACUCUCCUUGCAAAUCUGUAAUGCCAGUCUGGUAGAACUGUUCCCACCGGCUCUAGCCUGGUAACUCUGCUGGCAACCCUGUAAUGCCAGUGUUGCCAAUUGGUGGCCACCACAACCGUUCCCAUCGACCCUAGUGCAGUAACUUUGCCGGCAGCCCUGUAAUGCCACAUUGUUGCCAACUGGUGGCAAAUGGAAACGCGCUCUUCAUUUAGACAAGACCAAGUUGCCGACAAGGUACCCUUGCAUCAGCGAGCAGCAUUGGUCGAGCGCGAGCACCUAACAGAGACGCUGUCGGGUAAUGGGUCUCGUGGAACUAAGGAGAUGGUUGGAAAUUGACUGUUCAAUCUCAAAACUCCAGUGCGACCACCUUCAAGCAUCUCGGCUUGGACAUUCACAAGCUUUUGUGUUGUUCUUGUAUGCUUUAGGUGGUUGAGCUAGGCUGCACUUAGCUAGGACCUAAUAACGCCGAUUCCAAUCAACCCCUCCUAGAUCCCAGGGCCCUAGUGCUGAAUCUUCUACAUUAGCUGCUUGGGCACAAGGCAUUGAUUGGACACGAGUGUCGGCAGCGUUCAGCGUGGACUUGCGUUUAGUUUAGAAGAUCCAGCGCUAUGUGUGCUUGGGCAACACCUUUAGGAGGUUUGCCCCAGUACGCAUUGGCACCACUGCCUCUCUCUGUAUACUACUCAUUCCAUCGUGCCAAUCAACAUAUCGACCCCUCAUGGAGCCACUAGAUGAAAGUAGUAGCAAAGCUAGGUGCACAGUUCCAUUACUGCCAAUACCAAGUUUGGUGGCAGCCCUCGCCAUGAAAGGCUCUACCUAGGCAAUGCAUGUUGACUCCGCUAACCAAAGGACUUGCAGUGUUCUGUCCUCUAGUCCAAAGGGGUUAGAAGAAAACAACUGGGCAUGUGCGACCUUGGUUCGCUCCCGACCUGUCGGAGGUCAUCGUCACAGAGAUUAAAGCUGGUCUUCGGUCAUCACA